AUGGCGGAUUCGUGUCUUCAAGUGUCAAGUGUCACAUCUAGCACCUCUGGAAACGAGAGGGAAGGCGCAGCACUGUGAGAAAAAUAAUUGAUUGAUUGAUCGAAACCCCAUAAAAUCUCGGCGUUUUGACACGAAGACAGAAACAAGAUGAGUCUUCCAAUUGCUAAAAAGGGCAAGGAUGAUGCCAACAAGGAGAUAUUAGAUUUAAAAGACGUUUCCAAGGAAGCCAAGGGUAUCAUCGAAAAAAUAUUGGGAGAUGUUAGCAAAACUUCUGCGACCAAACAGAUCAUUAUUGGGACGACAUCGGGAUGUGAAUUCUUUUGUCUCUGCUCUUUUGAUGGUGAUAACAGGACGACUGGUUUUUUGACAAUGAAAGUCGGAAAGGUUGCGGCAUUUGCAUUGGGGGGAGGUAUAAUAAUCCUUCAGAUAGCGGCACACCAGGGAUAUAUAAAAAUAAAUUGGGAUAAAAUUCAAGAAAAAGCUGAGAAGAUAACUGAUAAAGUAGAAGAAAAGGUCACUGGAGAAGGACCAAAAUUCAUGGACAAGGUUGAGAGGUUCGUAGAUAAAAAGUUGGAUAAGGCUGAGCAGCUUCUCAAGAAUGGUGGAUCUCGUACUAGACGUUGGUACAAUGUCAUAUCGAACAACGAUAGUUUUCGCCCAAAAGAAAUUCACUUUUUCCUAGCAUCUUUUGCUGCAGGUUUAGCGAUUGGUUUUGCAACCGCCAACUAGGCCGUAACUUGCUGUAGUUCAAACUCGAUCAGAAGUGUCAAUUCCAACAAAAUCAACGCUGUACAUGUCACCGAAAGACAACCUAACAGGCCCAAUCUGAUAAAUUUAAUUGUCGCGCAAGAAUUUUUUGACAACAUUCAAAACCAGUUAACCAGGAAAGCUGAAACGGUAUUCGAAAAGAUUCAAAACGUAAUCGAUGAGAUGAAAGUCGCGUAUUUUUGAAUGAAAAUCAGUCGAGUAUUUUUGUUGGUCUUUUGGAGAUCGCUCUUAGGGAUCUGGGAACGGAUUUAGAAAAAACUAACCUCUUGGCAAAUUCACUCUUGCGCAUCCCAUGCUGGACGGUAUGAUGAAAAAUUGCCUUGAAUCGAACUUGGUAGUUUAUCAUCGCUUAAUUAGCGAUAUUGCAUUGUUUGAAGAAGAGGGUUGAUUUUUUUGAAAUCGCACUUUUAAAUGGAACUUAUUGCAAAGAUUAGCUUAUUGUACCGAAAAAUCUCAACUUUUGACUAAUAAUCGAUCGGGUCGAUCACGUUAAUCAAUUAUAACUAUAGACGAUCGAAAGCGCAAAGGAAAAACAAACGAAUGUCUUUGACCGAAAUUUGAAAUGCAGCAAGGAAAUCUCGAAUAAUAAAAAUCGAAGAACCGGAAAUUAAACUAGUACCAAUAGACGAUAGUUGUACUAGUUACUUGUCUACAUAGAAUAGAUUGUCGUACUUAUAGGUAUUAUUAUUGUCAUCAUCAUCAUCAUUAUUAUUAUUAUCAUCAUCAUCAUCGUCAUUAUUAUUAUGGGUAAUACUUUUGUUAUCGUUGUUAUCAGAUAAAAACGGUCAUAAAGAUUUUUUCAGUAUUGGGAUAUUAAUGUCAUUAUUCCUACUUAGGUUGUCGUUAAUUUCUCUCAUUAUUGAGCAAUUGGCGCCCAGUUUUGUUGAGAAGAUUGAACAUUGAUCCGUUAAAAUGAUUUUCGUUCUCAGAGAGAUCUUUUUUUUAUCAAUUUUGCAGAUUGAUCGCGUGAUUUGGCUUAUAUAGUUUGAAUUAUAUCGAACUUUUUUGAGAAAGCUAACCGAAAAAUUCGAACUAUACACUGCUGAUUGUUGAAUAACAUUUGUCAUAUUAUGAUACCCAAAAUGUAAACCUGCUGGACUCAACAGCGGGUGAUGAAAAAUAAAGAAAACGUUCGUUUAUAGUCAUAAAAAAAAAGAAAAAAAACACUAACAGUAAAACGCAUUAUAUUCACGUACUACUGAAUUUAACUCAUAAACCAUGGAACAACCCUACGAUUAUUUUGGAUCCUAACCGAACCAGUUCGUCGAAAUAAUUAUUAUUAUAUACUCGAACGUAAAGUAUAAUCCAACCAGACUCGCGAAUUUCUUUUGUCGAAGCUUGAAAUUUAAAUCAAAAUACGUUACUUUCCGCUUCUGCUAUACCACUAUCCUAGGAAUUGAAAAAAGCAUUUGUGAUUCUUUCAUACUUUCGCAUCAUCAGAAUCGUUUUAAACAUUGCAUUAUAAUAGCUCUCAAUUUUUUCCGCAGUUUUUGAUCACCGUUGCAAAAUAUGUGCGUUGAAUUGUCUCCAAUUUGUAUCACAGUGUCUUCGUCCUGCUAAUACGAAUCGAAUAAAAAAAAUUCAUGUAUAUA